CACAGGAAGUUAAGAACUGUAAAUAGAUGAAUAACAUUGUUGAUUGUAUGUUAUGCAGUAAACCAUCGGACCCAACUUCGGAGACAUCACAAACAUUUUUUUUCCCUAAAUCUGGAUUCGUGAUCAAGCACGUCAUGUGUGAAACGAAGCUCUUUCGAACUUUAGCGAAUGAACAGACACAAACGUUAACUCAGAAGUGCCAAGAAUGGAGUAAUUUGCAGGAUAAUCGGAAUAUCAGUGAGGAUAUCGUUGGCCAAAUACGUUCUGUUAUUGGUAUGACUUAACCUUACGUUUCAAAUUUGGCGUUGACGGUGAAAAAGAGUAUUCAUGAAACAUUCUGCUUCCUAAAAGGUUCAACCCGAUUACUUAUCAAUGACAAGAUACAAUUUUUUCACAAGUUAUUGGACAUGGCUGACAACACAGAUAGCGAAAGAAGAAUUACGCCCGAAGAUCUGCAGGCGUACUGGGAUUUAAUCGUAAUUGAGAUAAAUGAUGUUAAUUCUAAAUUCAAGGACCUGCAGGAAUUAUUCCAGAACAACUGGACUGGUACCAAGACAAAUUUCAGUUGCAAACAGAAGAAGGAAGGACUGGCAGCAGAGAGAGGAAGCUCCAGCCAGUGCUGUGAGAACCACAGGGACUGGUGCAGUGUAAAGGGGGCAAGUAAAGCAAUGCAGUGUAAAGGUAUGAAAAAUACUUUAAGACCGACAAGUGGAAGCUUCGAGCAAUUGAACAAGACAUCAUCUAGAAGAAUAUGUUCAACUUCUGUAAAGAAAAGCCUUGUUGAAGAAAAGGAGCUCAUUAAAAAGGUUAAAUCAGAUGUAAGAAAUGGAAAAAUCUCACAUGCAUAG